UUUGGCCUGCAUUUGGAUGUAUUGUAGAACUGUCUGGAUCCAUCUGGGCCCAGCACAGGGCAGCCCCAUUGGAGUCUCCCACAACCAAAACCUUGCUGUGUACACCAAGCACUGGUUUCUAAGUCAAGCUGUAUAGGGAAGGCAAGCAGGCUGUACGCAUCUUGAUAUCUUUUUGCUGAUUCUCAGGAAUUCUUCUUAAACAUAUACUAUCCUUGUUUAAAGAGUAUCACAUGUUUAACGUUAUGCUCAAAAGUUGUAAGUAUUUAUGGAUUCAGACCACGUUUUAAAGGAACUCAUUUGUUCCUUUAAAAUUCCUCAUCAGGGAGUGUAUGGAACUGCCGAAUCACGGCCUGAACCUCUGAUUGACCACCUGAGGUGAGCAGCGUCAGCCCUGGGAGCACAGGUGGAAGUGAUUCUCCUGUGCUAUUGGAAGGGGUGGAGGCCUGGCUGCACCUCUCCUAGACCCCAUUUUAAGAGGUGACCAGCAGUGGGGAAAGUUCUCUUUUGGAGAUGGCUCCUCUUGGAAUCUUCUCAGCAAGCCCAAGAUAAGGGGGAACCAUGAAGUAAAGACACUGCGGUGAAGUACAGAUACAGAUUGUGGUGACGUUGUGGAAGUGCAGUGGCCCUUGCGGUGAUAACUGGAAGAUCUUUGAAAGUACUGACCAAGCUUAUACCAGAAUCAUCUCCAGCUCAUGUUUCAGGGCUAUAAAGCCACCUGAAAACUUCUUCCUCAGAAUAUCUGUCCUGUGUUUCUCUCUGCUACUUUAGGAGGAACCACCCAGGCAUCACAUGUGGAAACUUGAGAGUCUAACUGGUUCUUCACUGUAUAGAAUGAUCAACCUUCACCUUUGGUUGGCCUCCAGUAGAAGAGCAACAUUAUGCCUCUGGGCAUCAAAAAGCUAGUACUUGCAAACAGGAUGUACUCCAGAAGAAGAAUGCUGUCUUGGUGGAUGGAGUCAUCCUGAAUGGUCCAAUAACUGAUUCAAAAGCAGGAGAGAAGUUUGUGGAAGAGGCCUGUAAGAUCAUAAUGGAAAAAAUAAUCCAGAAAGCUGAUGAUGUUACAGAAAAGGUUUGUGAAUGGCGGGCCCCUGAAACACUGAAGAAGAUUCUUGAUCUGGAAAUGAGAGACACUGGAGAAUCUCAUCAGAAACUCUUGCAGCUCUGCCAGGAUGUGAUACAGUACAGUGUCAAAACCAAUCAUCCAAGAUUUUACAAUCAGCUGUACGCUGGAAUAGAUUAUUACUCAUUAGUGGCUCGUUUCAUUACUGAAGCAUUGAACCCAAGUGUAUAUACAUAUGAAGUAUCACCUGUAUUUCUGUUAGUGGAAGAAGCAGUCAUCAAGAAAAUGAUUGAAUUCAUAGGCUGGGAAGAAGGUGAUGGCAUAUUUAAUCCAGGUGGCUCUGUUUCUAAUAUGUAUGCUAUGAACUUAGCAAGAUACAAGUAUUGUCCAGAGAUAAAAGAAAAAGGGCUCUCAGGUUUGCCAAGACUAGUCCUGUUCACUUCGGAAGAGUGUCAUUACUCCAUGAAGAAGGCAGCCUCUUUCCUGGGUAUUGGUACGGAGAACGUUUACUUCAUCAAAACAGAUGAAAGAGGUAAGAUGAUACCUGAGGAACUGGAGAAACAAGUCCAGCGGGCCAGGAAAGAGGGGUCAGCACCAUUUCUUGUCUGUGCUACUGCAGGCACAACAGUACUGGGAGCAUUUGAUCCUCUGGAUAAAAUUGCUGAUAUCUGUGAAAAGCAUCACCUCUGGCUUCAUGUUGAUGCUUCUUGGGGCGGCUCAGCUUUGAUAUCAAGAAAGCAUCGCAGACUUCUUCAUGGUAUUCAAAGGGCAGAUUCUGUUGCCUGGAAUCCCCACAAAAUGCUGUUGGCAGGAAUUCAGUGCUGUGCUCUUCUGGUGAAAGACAACUCUGGCCUCCUGAAGAAGUGUUACUCUGCCAAGGCUGCAUACCUGUUCCAGCAGGACAAGUUCUAUGAUGUCAGCUAUGACACUGGUGACAAGUCCAUUCAGUGCAGCAGACGUCCAGAUGCAUUCAAAUUCUGGCUCAUGUGGAAAGCAUUGGGAACCACAGGCCUUGAGGAGAGAGUGAACAGAGCACUGGCUUUGGCUAGAUAUCUUGUGGAAGAAAUUAAGAAAAGAGAAGGAUUUCAGCUUCUUUUGGAGCCGGAGUACGCAAAUGUUUGUUUUUGGUACAUUCCACCAAGCUUAAGAAAAAUGGAGGAUGGACCUGAAUUUUGGCAGAAGCUGCACCGGGUUGCUCCUGUAGUUAAAGAAAGGAUGAUGAAGAAGGGCAGCAUGAUGCUUGGGUACCAGCCUAACCAAGGCAAAGUCAACUUCUUCCGCCAGGUGGUGAUCAGCCCACAAGUGAGUCGAGAGGACAUGGACUUCUUGCUGGAUGAGAUAGAACUGCUUGCCAAGGACUUGUAGCUGUAACUCUACAGCACCGGGCACUGCUUGUGUGUGAUGAUUAUGGAGACAGAAUGGCAGCAGUGCUCUGGUGCUAUUGUGUGAAAGGUAGUAAAAAGCUUGACGUAUAGUUUGGAAACUAUCAUUUAACAUUGUGACGUUCAGAGUUUUGCAGGUAGAAUUCCCCUCCACAGGAAAGUAUUUGCUGAUGGAAGCUGGGACAAGGCAGUGCCUGCAGCACCACGGCCAUUCUGGGAAGUGUUUCCUAGAGCAGGGAGCACUUCUGAAAAUGGUGUCUUUAUCCCAGAGAGGGCUGCUAUUCAUGGGGUGCCUGCGUAGCUCGGACUGAUUGCUUAUAUAGGCAGGCAAUAUUCCUCUGAAGUUACUGUUAGUAGCGAAUUUAGCUCAGUGAGCUUUAAAACGCUCAUUAGUACUCUGUCUACUUUGUCAAUAUUUUAGUUUGGUAUGAAUUUAAGAGUACAGACCCGGCUGAUAUUUACACUGAUAAGACUGGAAAUUGUGAACUUCAUUGAAGAGUUCCUCAAGGAACUCAGUUGUCCUCGAGGAACAAUUAGGUGAAUUGCCCAGAUUUCCCACUGUGAGCACUACUGCAGGCAGCAGAACAAGGGCCUGGCAAGGCUGUGCUGUCACCAUCCUUGAGGUUAGCAGGACCUGGCUGGACAAAGCCCCAAGAAGUCAACACUGACCUUGCUUUGAGACAAUAGAGCUAGAUGACCUCUUAAGGUCCCUUCCAACCUAAACGACUUGUGGUUCUGUAAAAUCAAAUGGUUGGGCCUGGUCACUGUUUGCCAACAUUGCCUACACUGCAAUAGCAGUGCUGAGAAUAUUGGAAGUGUCAGAAAUUCUUACCUCUUUGGUUAUAGUUACAAUUUCUGAACUAUAUUUAAAGCAUAAAUAUUUAUUUAAUGGAUUUAGAUGCACUUUAAAAUUAUAACAGAUGAAAAAAACAAGUAUAUGUACCUGAAGGAUAUGUAUUUUUAAACUUGGCAACUAUAUGUUAAACAUGUAGAAAAGUGAUAGUUUUCAUCGUCAGUCUGUAUUUGCCUAUAUUAGAUGUGAGAUGACUUGAUUUUACGUUAUCAGUGUAUAAUUUAUACUUUGGCACUGAAAUCAACGUGGAGGUGAUCAGUGAUAGCCUACCUGUUUUUAUGAUGGGAGCCAUCGAGUAUCUUUUGUUAAUCUUAUGUUGCAAAGUUAAGUUCUAAACUUUGUGUUAAGAAUUAUAGUAUCCUUUUGAUUUGUUGUCAUUCUAGAUAUAAAAGGGGCAGCUUUGUAAAGCUAGAGAUGUAUUUCUUGGAGUGAAUUUCUUGCAGCAGACUAAUGAAAAUAACAUGUUUCAUCAUCUGAUUAACACCUACUUACCUUAUUGUUUUGAUGUUCCUUAUUUUGUUUUUGAGGUAGCACUGACCAAUGCAGAUCUUUCUGCUGUAAUGUGUUGAUGAAAGUUGUCUUUAAACACAAUGCUUUUAUGUUUUCAUUUCUCACGUUAUGCUAGGAUCCAACAUCGCGUGACAUUCCUACUUCCCACCUCCAGGAUGAUGGUAUGGAAAGUUUAGCAGGGUCAUGAUAACCUAGGAGGUCACACUGUCAGAGCAGCAGAUAGAAGGAGGAGUCAAAUCUGCAGAACUUGACAGAUGUCCUUAACAGUGUCCUGGAAGUGAUUAUUCUGUUGCUAUUACAGCGAGUCACUGGAUAUUAAGCUGAACUCCACAUUGAUAUUAACAUAAAAAUAAAUGGCACAACAUGGCCCCUUGAUUCUGCACUGUAAUAUUCGCAGAAUGCUUUAUCAUUUACUAUCUAGUGCUUCUGGGUAUACCGGUUGUUAUGGUUUUGUAAAGCACAUAACUAAAUGCAGGGCCCACAAAGCUUAUUUAGCCUCUCAACCACUCUGGGUGGAGUGCAGAGCAUGUCAAGGGCUGCUGGAUGGAUGCGAUGACUUCGCUGUUGCUUCUGAAGGUAGAUAGGACUGUUAACCCUUCACUUUUUCUUUUUUGUCCUUGAAGGGAAAGAGAAUACUGUCAGGAUUCUUUUACUGUUAUCCAGAGUCUUGGUGAGUACUUAAUUUUUUGACUCAGAGGAAGUGUGUCACUUGCUGUCAGCUGAGAAUUUGACCUAGUGCUUUGUGACACCACUACUAUCAAAAAAGUGUUGUUUCUUUCCAUGUCAGCACAUUUUUCUGUUUCCAGGUACUGUGGGACUUCUGUCAUGUGUUGGGUUGAAGUAGCAGUUUCUCCUGUGUCAGUAGUGGCUAUAGUUCUUUUUUUAAAUGAGGGGAAAAUGGAACUUUUUCAAUGUUUGCAGAAAGUGUGUCUCAGAUCAACAAGUGCACUGAUGUUUUCAAAGGUAUGGUUUAACCUUUCAGUGUGAUGUGAGUGCCUUCUCUGAUGUCUCUGUAUCUUCUUGUGUUUCUGACCCCUUACCACGUCCAUUGUGGUCUCAUUUCAGGACUAUUGUAAUUUUUUUCAUAGUUGCUUAUUUAGGAUUGGGAUGUUCGAAAUGGCUAUUUUGUAGCUGAUGAUUUUAAUAAAAAGUGAAGUAAAUGACACCCAUAUAAAUGUAGGCUGUGUUUGUAAUUUCUCGAUUUAAAACUGCAGAGAUGUGUACAAGAGAGGUACCAAUGAGCUCUCCAGAUGGAGAAACAGCAAGCUGCCUGCACAGCUUUAGAAUGUGAAACCUAGCUUAACCAUGCUUCAGGAUGUGGUUUGUCUGUGUGCUGUGCCCUUAUCAUCUUUAAUAAACAUCUUGGAUGAAAAUGUGUCACCAUUUAUCUUGCUCUCGCUUUCAAAUGCAGAAGCUAAAUUAUUUUUGCAGA